GUGUCAAUGUCAACAUAUGUCAAAUUGGUUUACAAAAGUUAUGUUUGUGUUUCAAAGCGUUUUCGUUUAUUGUGUAUCUGUUAUUUUUGUCCCAUUUUGAGAUCAGGCAUAUUUUCCUGGUUUCAUCUUGCUCUUUCGACAAUUAGCUGUAUUAUACUAUGCACAAAUAAUGGGUGGCGGAGAUUUGAAUACCAAAAAAGCUUGGCAUCCCAGUAAUUAUAAAAAUCAAGAACGAGUAUGGAAAGCGGAACAAGCGGCGGCACAGGAAAAGAAACGGAUAUCAGAAUUGCAGCGGGAACGUGCCGAGGAGAGGGACAGAGAGCAGUUAAAUGAAAUAGCGAAACGUACUGCUGGUGGUGGCAGCUCGCCUAACGAUAACCGUCUACAUUGGAUGUAUGAUAAACCAGAUAAAAAGAUACAACAGGAAGACUAUCUUCUUGGCAAAUCUAUUGAUAGUAAUCAGGAUCGGGCAGAUAAAGAUGCUCAAGAUGUUAUACCAGCGGUGGCUCGGAGAGUUGUUGGCUCCAGUAUGACAGCUAUGUCUAGUGAUACACAAGUUGAUCUAGUUAGGAAACUUAGAGAAGAUCCCUUGUUGUUGAUUAAGGAGAGAGAAAGAGCUGCAAGAGCAGCACUGUUGAAUAACCCUCUCCAACGACGUCGCCUUACAGAGUUGUUACGGAAAGAACAAGAUCAAUCAAAGAUGAAAAAGGAUGAAAAGAAAUCAAAGAAGAAACACAAUGACUUGGAUAAUAUUUUAGCAGCAAAGUUAAAUGCUUUAGGAGCAAAAAAGGGGGUUGAUUUAAAAACUUUGCUCGAUUCAGAUGAUGAUUCUUCCUCUGAUUCAUCUUCAGAUCAGAGCAGACAUAAAAAGAAGAAAAAAAACAAGAAAAAGAAAAAGAAAAGUAAAAAAGAACACAAAAACAAGAAGAAUUCAGAUUCUGAUGUCUCUGAAGAAGAAAUAAUGGAAAGUAAGAAAGAUUCAAGACAUGCUAGAAAACAAAACAAAGAAAGUAAAUCAGAUGAAACACAACAUAAGAGAAAAUCUGAACGUGAAGAUGAUUAUGAGCGAGAGAAAAUAAAGAAACACAGAAGGGACAUGACUUUAGAUAGAAAAUAUAGCAGAGAGAAACGUCGUGACUCAAGUGACGAAGACUACAAGCGGAGUACCCAACGAAGUACAUCGUCAUAUGAUCGUAAUGAUAGAACACAGAAAGUAAAACAAGAUACCAGAAGCAAAGGGAGGGUUGGUAUGAGUGAAGAGGAAAAGGCUGCAAAGUUAGCGGAAAUGGCAGCUGCAGGGGCAGAACGGGAGAUACAGCGUGGCCGUCGCGUUGCUCAACAGUUAGCGGAAAAAGACGCUUCAGAAAAGAAAGCGAAUAUUCCUCGGUCUUCGCGACAUGAAGCGCGGGCUCUCCCAGACUCUCUCGAAAGCCGCAUCCAUUCUAACAGACAUUACAUACAGCGUGAUAAGAGGCAUAUGGAUGAACACUUCGCAAGAAGAUAGCAUUUAUUGUUACCUAUACAUUUCUUAAAUAAAACAAAUCUUUGUAAAGUA